UUUCCGUACAAUACAACACCCACAAUCACCAAACUCCACUUCCUCAUCCUCACCCUCCUCCUCCUCCUCUCCACCGUCGCACCACCGUCUCACGCCGCCGAACAACCACCCAACAACCUCCCACAAGAAUGCCAGAACAUCACUCACGGUCCAUGCCACAACAAAACCAGAUCCUUAAAGCUUAAACUCAUUGCCAUUGCCACAAUUCUUGUGACAAGUAUGAUGGGCGCCUUGUUACCGCUACUAUCGCGGCGGGUACCCGCUUUACAACCGGAUACAAAGCCGUUUGUGUUGAUUAAAGCCUUUGCUUCGGGUGUGAUUCUUGCAACCGGGUACAUGCAUGUGUUACCUGACUCGUUUGAUUGUUUGACAUCCAAAUGUUUGCCUGAAAAACCAUGGAGUAAGUUCCCAUUCACCACAUUUAUCGCCAUGUUUUCGGCGGUUUUUACAUUAAUGGUUGAUUCCUAUGCCAUGAGUUGGUACAAGAAAUGUAAAACACCCGAUAAAAAUCAGGAUCAAGAAUUGAAAACAUUGGGUCAUUCCCAUGGUCAUGGUUCAUGUGGGAAUGAUAAUCCGGCUUCACAGUUGAGGCGGUACCGCGUGGUUGCCCAGGUAUUGGAGCUAGGCAUAGUUGUACAUUCGGUUGUGAUCAGACUAUCGAUGGGUGCAUCGGACAACGUAUGCACAAUAAGACCUCUUGUGGCUGCUCUAUGCUUCCAUCAAUUCUUUGAAGGAAUAGGCCUUGGUGGUUGCAUUCUUCAGGCAGACUACGAGAAGAAAAUGAAGGCGAUCAUGGUAUUUUUCUUCUCGGUGACAACUCCAUUUGGGAUAGCACUUGGGAUAUGUCUGUCAAAUGUGUACCGGGAAAACAGUCCAACAGCGUUGGUGGUGGUUGGAAUACUGAAUGCAGUGUCUGCAGGGCUGCUGAAUUACAUGGCACUGGUGGAUUUGCUGGCAUCUGAUUUCAUGGCCGAAAAGCUUCAAAACGAUAUGAAACUUCAAACAAUUUCAUAUGUUGCUGUCGUUCUAGGUGCUGGAGGUAUGUCGGUGAUGGCAAUUUGGGCGUAAACGGUUUUGUACUCAAUUUUUGAAGUGUGUUUUUUUAACGAAGGGUUAAUCGUUGUGUCCAGCAUGCAAGGCGUUAACUCAUGUUAGUUCUUCUAGUAUGAUGAUAUACUAUGAUAUGCAUUGA